GAAAUGUUUGACAGAACCUGGGAAGAACGUGAUUAUUGUGUUUUCCUGGUUGUGAAAUGUUGUACAUGACUUUGACUCUUAGCUAAGAUGACAGUAAGCCGUACCAACACCUGAAAUAGCUAUUUAUGUGUCGAAUAUAAUGAUAGACUUGAUAGAAGUCUGGUGAUUUAUCUGACUGGUAAAUACAUGCAAAUCAUUUCUGUCACCUGCAAUAGUGGUUCUCAUCAGUGUAAUAAUCAUUUGAAAAAAAGACCACAGGUAUUAAAUGGUUACUCACUAAGGUAAAGAUAACCAAGGUAAUUAACAUAACACCAUCCCCUUUCAGCGUCGUAUCCAAUAAGCAUGCGAUAAGGGCGGGGACAAGUCAUGUUUACGUCUAGCUUGCUGCGAAGUGGGGCAGAGCGUAAACUCCACCUGUCACACGGUCCAUAUAGAGACACACUGGCAUUCAAAUGAGCCACUGCAAGACAGUGUAUAGGACGACUACUGUAAGGAAGCCCUCUUCAAUUGGAAAUAGGGAGCUAUUUCUGUCUCUCUUCCUUGAACACAUCCUUCUAGGUUUCAAAAAUGUAGCUGCCAUGCUGAGAAGAGGCAAGAACGUCCGCGCUCGGCAUUUAGCCUGGAGCGAGACAAGGCAAGAGACAGAUGCCAUGGCACUGAUCCAGACGUCGGACAGGCAGGAAUGGGAAGGCCACACCACCACACAGAUCAGCGACAUGGAGUCCGAGGUGGAUUACCUGGAGAGUCCUCAGGCCCAAUCUGACGCAGUGGCCUUGCCCAGCACAGUGCCGGUGAUAGGGGAGUCUUUCUGCCGGUGUGACCGACAGGAAGCGCUCAGCCCUGGCUUUGGGGUCACCAGUGACUGCCUCUGUGGGGAGGAGGAUGAGGGUUUUGACUGGGAGUGGGACGAGCACUUCAAGUCUUCCGGAGCUUUCCUCAGCUGUGACAAUAGGAAGGUGAGCUUCCACUCAGACUACAGCUGUGGCACAGCUGCCAUGCGUGGCACCAAGGAGCUGGCAGACGGCCAGCACUUCUGGGAAGUCAAGAUGACCUCUCCCGUCUAUGGAACCGAUAUGAUGGUGGGAAUUGGAACUGCAGAGGUACAUAUGGAGAAGUUCAAAUUCAGCUUUGGCAGCCUUCUGGGCCACGAUGAUGACAGCUGGGGCCUCUCCUACACAGGACUCCUCCAGCACAAAGGGGACAAAGUGAAGUUCUCCUCUCGGUUUGGCCAGGGCUCCAUUAUAGGUGUGCACCUGGACACCUGGCACGGGACCCUGACCUUCUACAAGAAUCGGCACUGUAUAGGUGUUGCUGCCACAAUGCUGCAGAACAAGAAGUUCUACCCCAUGGUGUGCUCCACGGCAGCUAAGAGCAGUAUGAAGGUGAUCCGUGCUUGCUAUACACCCACCUCCCUGCAGUACCUCUGCUGUGCCCGGUUCCGUCAAAUGUUGCCCUGCUGCCCCGACGUACUUAAUGCCAUAGAGCUGCCCCCAGGCCUGCGCACCGGCCUCCACACACAGCUCGGCUGGGUCUUCUCCCUCAGCAGCAACCCCGAAGCCUCGGAGCGGCGUGAGGACUUGCUCGAGGAUUUCCACGAGGAGAUGAGCCUGCCUUGCAGCCCCGGCCCCAUCCCGAGCCCAGUCUCCAGCCUGAGUGCCUCCCCCUCCCCGAGCCCCUGCCCGAGCCCGUUUCUUGACACAGUCCCGUACCACUGCCCCUGUCAAAUGUCAUCUCAAACUCAUCCCUGCACCUGGCACUACCCUCCGAGUCCUCCCAGCAGUGACUACGACAGCUGCACCUCUGAGCCGGAGGGCUACCAAUGCAAAAGAUGCCGCUGGACUUGACCUUGCAGUCAAUACGUAUUUGGCAGACAGCUAUUCUACCAUUGCCAUCGACGUCUCCUGUUGGAAAUCACGGUGAUAACGAUUACGCCAAUACUAAGUUUGAGUGGAUUCUUGCUUCUUUUUUAUUUAACAACUUUGUGAUAUUCAAACCGUUGUGAUGAAUAAGGAGACGGGAGUGUGUGUGUAAGACAUUUAAUCUAUAGAUUAGAUGUUAGAUGGACAUCCUGGUUAUUCAUUCACAUUUUAGCCAAUUUAUAUCAUGGCAUUAUUAAUACAAAUAAGAAGAAUAAUCUACCAAUCACUGUCUUUGGAAGACCUACAUUUUGCCAGAUUAGACUCUGACAAAAAAAACAAUGUUGUGUUUUUUAUUUCAGGGAGAGACUCCAGGGAGAAGAAAAAUUGCUUUUUUGAUACUAUGGAAAUUACAUUUUGUAAAUGUGUUUUGUAAUCAACAUUUGGCUUCUUUUUUCUUUCU